AUGUCAACUAUUGCAUACUUUUUCGUAGUGUUAUUGAUUAUCGCCAUUGCCGAUACAGAAUUAGUGUGUCCUGGCUAUGGAUUUGUUCGUCCACAAGAACCAUGUGUUGAUAAAUGUUCACCUCAAAAUGAUUGCUGUAAAGGCCGCAAGAAAUGUUGUUAUACGCCACUUAAACCAUGCGGAUAUCGUUGUCUCGUUCCCAAAGACAAUGUAGCAAAAAAUGGUGCAUGUCCAUUACCAAGUUCUGAACAAAAUCAUCAGUACUGGGGCGUCUGUGAUUUACAUUUUUGUGAUGUUGACAAUGAUUGCUCGUCCAAUGAAAAAUGCUGUCCUAACAUGUGUGGCGUACCACUGUGUAUUAGCCCCCAAUAA